AUGGGGUCAUCAAGUAAAGAUUACACAAACGAGCCAAUCGCCAUCGUCGGCUCAGCAUGUCGCUUCCCUGGUGGAGCAAGUGAACCGUCCAAGCUAUGGGACCUCCUUGAACACCCAACUGAUGUAUUGAAGGAAAUUCCAGAAAGCAGAUUCAGUGUCGAUGGGUUCUACCAUCCUAAUGGCUUACACCAUGGUACCACUAAUGUGCGCCACUCGUACAUCCUGGACGAUGAUAUCCGGCUCUUCGACGCGCAAUUCUUUGGGAUAAAGCCGAUCGAGGCUAAUUCGAUCGAUCCCCAGCAGCGCUUGUUGAUGGAGACAGUGUACGAGGGAUUAGAAGCAGCCGGUCAGAGUAUCCAGAGACUGCAGGGAUCACAAACAGCUGUCUAUGUUGGCCUCAUGUCAUCGGAUUACAAAGAUUUACUCGGCAACGAUCAAGAGAGCUACCCAACUUUAGUGGCCUUGCAUCAGGCUGUGCAACUACUGCGUUCCGGAGAUGGUACCAACGUGGCACUGGCAGCAGGGACCAAUCUCUUGCUCAACCCCGACCAAUACAUUGCCGAAUCCAAGCUGAAGAUGUUGAGUCCGGACGGUAGAAGUCGCAUGUGGGACGAGAAAGCGAACGGAUACGCCCGUGGCGAUGGAAUAGCUGUGGUAGUGCUGAAACGGCUGUCGCAGGCUCUGGAAGAUGGAGAUCACAUAGAAUGUUUGAUUCGGGAGACCCAGAUCAACCAGGAUGGAAAGACAAAGGGAAUCACUAUGCCUAGUGCAACCGCCCAAACUGCUCUCAUCCGCGCAACAUACGCGAAGGCAGGAUUGGAUCUAUCCAAACCGAGCGAUAGGCCUCAGUACUUUGAGGCUCAUGGAACCGGAACACCUGCAGGUGAUCCCAUUGAGGCGGAGGCCAUCCACACUGCCUUUUUUGGCGGAGAUCUAGGAGAAGCAGGACACGACAAGCUCUUUGUAGGAAGCAUAAAAACAGUCAUUGGACACACUGAAGGAACAGCCGGCUUAGCAGCGGUCCUGAAGGCGAGCCUGGCUUUACAAAAUCGCGCCGUGCCUCCAAAUCGACUCUUCGACCGUCUCAACUCAAAGAUUCGCCCAUUUUAUGGUGAUCUUGAGAUUCUCACAAAGGCUCAAGAAUGGCCGGUUCUUGUUCCAGGCUCAGUAGCACGCGCUUCGGUCAAUUCUUUUGGAUUCGGUGGAGCAAAUGCUCAUGCCAUUCUUGAAGCUUACGAGCCCCCAUCGCUUGUAUCCGACGACGUCCUCGUCACUCCACUCGCCCCGGUGCAAUUUUCAGCCGCUUCCGAGACCGCUCUGCGAGGGACGCUACGCAAGUAUGCUGAAUUUCUCGAAAAGAACCAAGACGUCAAUCUACGUGACUUGGCAUGGACCUUGAACACUCGUCGCUCGGUCCUGGCAGCGCGUACUGCCGUGUUUGGUGCUAAUGCACUCGAUCUAGCCCAUGAGCUACAGAAAAGAGCUGAAGCCGACGUCGCCACCCUGAUUCCUGUAGCUUCACGAUCUUUGCCUGCCAAACCUCGCAUCCUUGGCGUGUUCACUGGCCAAGGUGCACAAUGGGCACGUAUGGGUGCCGAACUACUAGAUGCCUCUCCCGCUGUCGACCGCAUUAUCUCAGAGCUGGAGAAGAGCCUCUCAACUCUUCCAGAUGGUCCCGAAUGGUCCGUCAAGGGCGAGAUUCUUGCCACUGGCGGUGCGUCUCGAGUCGCGGAAGCUGCUAUAAGCCAGCCGCUCUGCACGGCGGUCCAGAUUGUCUUGGUAGAUCUACUCAAAAGCGCCGGCAUAAAUUUUGAGGCUGUGGUGGGGCACUCUUCUGGAGAGAUGGGUGCCGCGUACGCAGCGGGCUACCUUUCGGCCCAGGACGCCAUCAGGGUUGCUUAUUACCGUGGACGUCACCUUCAUCUUGCUGGAGGUCUUGGUGGCGAGCAAGGCGGUAUGAUGGCCGUUGGUACAUCGUUUGAGGACGCCGAGGAACUCUGCAGCCUUCCAGAAUUUCAAGGUCGCAUUGGCGUUGCCGCGAUCAAUUCAGGCGCAAGUGUCACCUUGUCAGGAGAUCUAGACACGAUCGAGGCCGCCAAGGAGAUAUUGGACGACGAAAAGAAAUUUGCACGCUUGCUCAAAGUCGACAAGGCAUACCACUCGCAUCACAUGAUUGCCUGCUCUGAUGCCUACAGAAAGUCUCUGGCAGAUUGUAGCAUCAAGGUGCUGCGCCCGUCACGCGGCAGUGCAACAUGGCUUUCCAGUGUCUAUGGGGAGGACAUUGUAGACUACAGAAAGGAGCUUACCAGCGAAUAUUGGAUCAACAACAUGGUCCGACCAGUUCUGUUUUCACAGGCUGUCGAAUUUGCUGCCGCUGAGAAGGGACCCUUUGAUUGUGCUAUCGAGGUAGGUCCUCAUCCUGCACUGAAAGGUCCUGCGCUUCAGGUCUUGCAGGAGUUCCUGGGAAAUUCGAUCCCAUACACCGGUCUUUUAAGCCGCGACAGAGAUGAUAAGAAGGCUUUUGCCGAAGGAUUGGGAUACCUAUGGCAAGCCUUUGGCGAGAAUGCAAUCGAUCACAAGUCGUUUGAUACAUUCGUGGCUGGAGCUUCUGCACCUUUACCUCAGAUUACGUCCAAUCUUCCCACUUACGCUUGGGAUCAUGAUCGCCGAUUCUGGCACGAGUCAAGACAAUAUGCAGCCAAUCGUACCAAGCCAGAUCCUACCCAUGAGCUUCUGGGUACUAAAUGUCCUGACGGAACGGAACAGCAAUGUCGCUGGAGGAAUAUGUUAAGGCCACAAGAAAUCCCCUGGUUAGCUGGUCACCAAAUCCAAGGACAGAUGGUUUUCCCAGCCGCUGGUUAUGUAUCAGCAGCGGUAGAGGCCGUGAAGUUUUCGAACGAGGGGUUGCCCAUCACGACAAUCGAGAUCGAAGACUUCGUUAUUGGACAAGCGAUCAUAUUCAAUGACGAUUAUGCUAGCGUUGAGACACAGUUUACGCUCACUAACAUUGUCUCGGAUCACAUGAGCUGGUCAGCCUCCUUCGCAUUCUACUCUGCUUCCCAAAAGCAUUCUCUUGGGAUGGAUCUCAAUGCUUCCGGAAGAAUUUCUGCGUUGUUUGGGCCGCCUAAGGAUGAUGUCUUACCCCCGAGCACUGGUCGCGAGCUCAACAUGAUCGAUGUAGAUCCAGAACAAUUCUACAAUUCAUUGUCGAAGCUUGGCUUCGGUUAUACUGGCGCAUUCAAAGCUCUCAGAAAUUUGUACAGGAAGAUGGAUGUUGCUAUGGGCGAAAUCCAGAAUCCCCGCAGCACGGAUCCUGCAUACAAUUUGCUGCUCCACCCGGCUACGUUCGACAACGCCAUCCAGUCGAUCAUCCUCGCUUACUGCUAUCCUGGCGACGGGAGACUUUGGUCAGUUCAUCUGCCUACUAGCAUCAAGAAAAUCAGGAUCAAUCCUUCGUUGUGCGAGAAUAGCGCAGGUCAAGAAGCUGUGCUCCAUUUCAAGUCGACCAUCACGAGCGGCCGGUCUACCGAGAUUCAGGGUGAUGUCGAGCUGUACGAUACCAAUGGGGUGAACUCAAUCAUGCAAUUAGAGGGCUUACACACGAAGCCAUUGGGUCAUGCCACUCCGGAAAACGACCGUACUCUCUUCCUGGAAACGAUCUGGGAUACAGCUGAGCCUACGAAGGAGCUGGCUCUCCUUGCACAGCCUGAUAUCAGCAAAAAAGCACAGCUUGGCCUCGAUAUCGAAAGAGUGGCCUUUUACUACAUCAGAAAUCUCGGCCAUGUUACCACCAAAGCUGAUCGCGAACAAGCGGAAGACUACCACAAACACUUCUUCAAUUAUAUCGACCAUACUGUCGUUAGCGUGAAUAAUGGAACGUCACUUUUUGCCAAGAAGGAAUGGAUGCACGAUACCCACGAGCAAGUACUGGACAUAAUCAAGAGCUAUCCUGAAAGCAUCGACAUGAAACUCAUGUACGCAGUAGGAGAGCACCUAUUGCCAGUCAUCCGACAUGAGACAACUAUGCUUGAAUACAUGCGAGAGGACGAUAUGCUCAAUGACUUUUACGUCAAAGCAUUGGGCUUCGAUGAGUACACAGAAACCAUGGCCGACCAAGUCUGUCAACUCGCUCAUCGAUAUCCUCACAUGAAUGUGUUGGAAAUUGGUGCAGGAACUGGCGGUGCCACCAAACGCAUCUUCAAGAAGCUUGGUAAACGAUUCAGCUCCUACACGUAUACCGAUAUUUCAACUGGUUUCUUUGAGAAGGCGAGAGAAGUAUUUUCCGAAGUAGAAUCGAAGAUGACCUUCAAAGCGCUCAACAUCGAAAAGGAUCCUAUCGCCCAGGGAUACACCGAAGGAUCGUAUGACCUAAUCGUUGCUUCCCUGGUGCUCCAUGCCACCCAUGUCAUGGAAGACACGAUGCGAAACGUGAGACGCUUACUCAAGCCUGGCGGUUACCUCAUUAUGCUCGAACUUGGGGACUAUGUCGAUAUGCGAACAGGUCUCAUGUUUGGACCACUUCCAGGUUGGUGGAUGGGAUAUGACGAUGGCCGCAAAUUGUCUCCGACUAUGUCCGAAGACGACUGGGAUAAAUGUAUGAAAAAGGUCGGAUUCUCGGGAGUCGACGCCAUUGUUCCUAGGCAGGAGCAUGUCCCAAUCUCGUUGGCCAUCAUGACUGCCCAAGCGGUUGACGAGCAUGUUGAGUUCAUUCGCAACCCGUUUGCAUCGGAUGGAAUGUUCCUUCUUGGCCACCACUUGACCCUCAUUGGAGGCAGCACAGACAAGACUGCGAAGUUACUGGAGGCGGCUCUCCCAUAUCUUAGGUCUUUCUACAAACACGUCACCACAGUGAAAAGCCUCGCGAGCCUCAGCACGAUCGAGCUGCCUUUCAUGGGCAGUGUGAUCUGCCUUGAAGACCUGGACGUGGCCGUCUUCGAGAACCUCAGUACGGAAACGCUACAGGGCGUUCAACACCUUUUUACGAAGUCCAAAAGCUGUCUGUGGGUCACGCAAGGGCGUAAGGAUGACAAUCCAUACCAGAAUAUGACUGUGGGGCUUGGUAGGGUUGCCACGUUGGAGAUGACGCACUUACGUCUUCAGUCUCUCGAUUUCGAUGUCAUCGAUAGCUCCACUGCUGUAAUAAUGGCCAAAUCGCUCUUACGUUUCGAAGCUACCGAGGCCUGGGAGCAACAGGGCUUAGCUAAGAACUUGCUGUGGUCGGUGGAACCCGAAAUGUCAUACGAAAAGGGCAGCUUCAGAGUUCCUCGUCUGAUUCCCAACCACGCUCGGAACAAUCGCUACAACUCAAGCCGGCGCCUCAUCACUCAGAAUAAGGAUCCCCGAACUUCGACCAUUGGUUUGCGAUGGACUAGUAAGGGCUAUGAAAUCCACAACGAAAGUCCGGCAAGCUCCGGUCUUGCUUUCGAUGGCCGGGUGGAGCUUCAAGUCAGCCACUCCAGCCUCGAAGCCAUUCGUAUCACAAAGGCCGACUACGCUUACCUGGUACUGGGGACAAAUCUUCGGACCAAAGAGCAGGCAUUUGCCAUCACGCCAGACAGACAUUCCAUCGUUCGUGUCUUCGACUCCUGGACUGUUCCCUAUACGAUGACCACUGAAGAAGCUCUUCGCCUACUGCCUCUUGUCCAAGAUCACCUUAUGGCCCUUGCAACCAUGUCUGACUUCUCGAGUGGAGAGGCGCUGAUCCUUAUCGAGCCGAGAUGGAGAUUUGCUAGACUCCUGUCAAACCUCGCCCAAGAAAAGGGUGUCAAGCUUAUCUUGUUGACUACAAGACUGGACAUAAAAGACCAGGAUUGGAUCACCCUACAUCCGAAUGCUCCGCGCCGCAUCAUACAGUCGCACAUGCCCAAGACUGCUUCUCGCCUGAUUAGCUGUACAGACGAUCUUGAGUUUGAGGCAAAUGUCAAGGCAUGCUUGCCUCCGAAUUGCAAAAUGCAGCGAACAGAAAUCUUUUCUUCCCGGGUUUCCAAGUUGGACUCGUUCUCAUCCAUGGCGUUCAUUCCGUCAAGUCUCCGUUCAGCAUUUGUUCGUGCGCAUCAUGAGUCCAGUCCCGGCGAUAAAGAAUCCAUAGCGUCAGUUUCUGACAUUGUUUCUCGUGGAAAACCCGCGAAAGCCACCUUCUUCAGUUGGGAUUCUAGUCCAACUAUCCCAGUACAAAUUACUCCUGUAGAUCUUGAGCCUCUGUUUUCGUCAGAUAAAACCUACUGGCUUGUCGGACUCACGGGAGGUCUUGGACUAUCACUCUGCGAAUGGAUGAUACAACGUGGUGCCAAAUACGUGGUACUCACGAGCCGCAACCCGCAGGUGGAUGCAAAGUGGGAAGCUCACAUGAAGGCUCACGAUGCAGUCGUACGGAUCUACGCCAACGAUGUCACAGACAGAGACUCCGUGAGGUCAGUCUACAAGCAGAUUCGUGAUGAACUUCCCCCGAUUGGAGGUGUUGCGCAAGGCGCCAUGGUGCUAUCUGAUGCCAUGUUUGUGGAUAUGGGCCUCGAGCGUGUGUGUAAAGUCGUGGAGCCAAAGGUCAAAGGUGCUAUCCACCUGGAAGAGCUGUUCUCAGAGGCCGAUCUCGAAUUUUUUGUUUUCUUCUCCUCCAUGGCAUAUGUAACGGGAAAUCAAGGUCAGUCGAUCUACGCUGCGGCAAACGCAUACAUGGCCGCCCUGGCUGCUCAACGCAAGAAGAGAGGUCUUGCGGGUUCCGUCAUCAACAUUGGAGCAAUUGUCGGGAAUGGCUAUGUCACUAGGCAAUUGACCGACGAACAGCGCGAUUACCUAGCCCAUAUGGGUAACGUCUUCAUGUCUGAGCAGGAUUUCCACCAAAUCUUCGCCGAAGGUGUGGUAGCAGGAAGGCCAGGCAACGACGAUAUCCCAGAGAUAAUGACAGGUCUUGGUCUUGCGCACAUGGAUGAUUCGGACAAAGUCACUUGGUUCAAUAACCCGAAAUUCUCUCACUGCGUUCUGUGGCCCGAUGAUCAGGGAGCUGCUGUCGGCAUGUCCAAACAAAACGUCACAGUCAAAUCUCGCUUGUUGCUUGCAACUACGGCAGAUGAAGUCAACGAGGCAAUACAAGAGAGCUUCACGAUGAAAUUGAGAUCUUCGCUGCAAAUCGAAGAUUCUGUUGCUAUCCUCAAGAUGAACGCUGAAGAGCUAGGAUUGGACUCCCUCGUUGCUGUAGAUCUUCGCAGUUGGUUCGUGAAAGAGUUAAAUGUCGAGAUGCCCGUUCUCAAGAUCUUAGGAGGCUUCACGGUAGCGGAGCUUGUCUCUGCUGCCCAGGAGCAGCUCCCAGCAAGCUUGACUCCAAACUUCGGAAAGGAGAUCGACCCAGCGUUGAAGGCUGCAGCUAUGCUUGAGAAAGCAGCCAAGACCGAAACCGUUCCGAGAAUCACGAAUGAAGCCAAUACCGCUGCAUACCGCGAAGAAGUAGAUGAAGAAGAACAAGAAGAAGACGAAGCAGACAACCGACCGAAUUUCUUCUCGUCGGCGAGCAAGGAUGCUACUCAAUCCUCAGAACGCUUUGCAAUAGAUGCAAGCCAUAUUUCCAAAUCCAGAGAAGUGGCGUUUAAAGCAACUCUGCUGGCACCGCCAGCGACCAGAUCCAAAACGAGCAGCUCUUCUAGUUCAUUCACUUCCGACCCAGAGAACGACUUCAUGAUGAAAUCUCAGAUGUCAGCUGCAACGCCAUUGUCUUCAUACAACGACGAGUACAUCACAGCAGAAGAUAUCAAGUUUGAGAGAGUGUCUCCCAUGUCCUUCGGUCAGGCUCGAUUCUGGUUUUUGAAGUUUUACCUCCAAGACCAGACUACAUUCAACAUCACGACAUCAAUCCGUUUAUCUGGUCGUUUGAACGUCGAGACCUUCGCAAAUGCCGUGCAAGCUGUUGGACGGCGUCACGAAGGACUGAGAACUGCGUUCUUUACAGACAGACAUAACCAGCCCAUGCAGGGUAUCCUUCAUCAAUCUGUUCUCCAUCUGGAGCAUUUACGAGUCUCAUCCCAGGAAGCUAUUGACAUUGAGUACGCGAAGACAAAGAACCACGUAUACAACAUUGGUGGCGGAGAGACGAUGAAGAUCAUAUUACUCUCUUUAGCUGAUGAUCUUUACCAGAUUAUCAUUGGGUACCACCACAUCAACAUGGAUGGAAUGAGCCUUGAAGUCAUUCUCAGUGACCUUCAGAAGGUAUACAAUCAGCAGCAGCUUGCUCGCGUUGUCCCUCAGUAUCUGGACUUCUCCGAGUCUCAACGUCGAGAGCACUCGACCGGGAAAUGGGGUAAAGAAAUAUCGUUCUGGAAAGGCGAGUUUGCCGACAUACCAGCGCCUUUACCCAUACUACCCAUGUCGAAGAAGUCAAAUCGAUCACCCCUUACCAAGUAUGCCUCCAAUACUGUCAAAUUCAAGAUUGAUGCCGCCACUUCGGCUCAAAUUCAAAUCGCCUGCAAACGUGCCAAGGCCUCUCCAUUCAACUUCUACCUUGCGGCUUUCAAAACUCUGCUCUACCGAACUGCAGGAGAGGAGCAAAACGAUAUUUGUAUUGGCAUAGCUGAUGGAGGGCGCAACAGUGAGCACGUCGAAGAAAGCGUGGGAUUCUUCCUGAACAUUCUCCCUCUGCGCUUCAAGCAAGACUCUGCUCAAACCUUUUUGGAAGCCCUAAGAGACGCUCGUUCGAAGGUGGUCGCAGCGCUAGCCAACAGUCGAGUGCCAUUUGACGUCAUCUUGAACGAGGUCAAUGCUCCUAGAGCUGCUACUCAUAACCCACUGUUUCAGGCGUUCAUCAACUACAGACAAGGUGUACAGGAAAGGCGACAGUUCUGCGGUUGUGACAGUGAGGCUACGCAAUUCGAUGGAAGCCAAACGGCCUACGAUAUCAGCAUUGAUAUUCUCGCUAAUCCAGGUGCCGAUAGCACCGUGUAUAUCUCCGGCCAGAGCGAUCUGUACAGUGAGGAGAACGUGAAGCUCCUCGCCCAUAGCUACCUCGCUUUGAUCAAAUCCUUUGCUAAGAAUCCAGCUUCUCGUCUGGGACGCCCUCCGCUCUAUGAUCCCCAAGACACCCACCGUGCUCUUGACGUCGGCGUCGGCCCCGAACUGACUGAUACCUGGCCAAACACUUUGGUGGACCGUGUCGACGAAAUGGCAUCGCGCUUUGGGUCCCAGAUCGCUUUGAAAGGGCCGCGGAACCAGCUCACUUAUUCUCAGAUGACCGACCGCAUUCAUUCCAUCGCUUCGAGUCUGAAAUCCAAUAAAAUUGGUAAUUGCUCCCGUGUUGGCGUGUUGCAGGACCCUUCAACAGAUUUCUUUUGCUCUUUGCUGGCCAUUCUCCGCAUCGGGGCGAUCUUCGUUCCCCUGGAACUCCGACUUACCUCCCCGAGGCUAGCUGUGAUCGUCGAAGACAGCAACAUCGAUGCGAUAAUUUACGACAAAGCCAAUCAGAAGGAUCUUUUAACUCUAGGAAGUGGGUUUCAAAAAGUCAAUGUCUCACUCAUACCCGCAAAGAGCACUAGCACUGUUGUGAACGAAGCGCAACCAGGAUCACCCGCCGUGAUCCUCUAUACAAGCGGAUCGACCGGCAAGCCAAAGGGAAUACUGCUUAGCCACGCUUCAUGGCGCAAUCAGAUUCAGUCUUCCACUCAAGCAUUUCGAAUACCUCAAGGCACUGGUGUUCACCUUCAGCAAAGUUCCUGGAGCUUCGACAUUGCUAUAUCCCAGACUUUUGUCGCUUUGGCAAACGGUGCUUCACUUUUGAUUGUAUCCAAGGAACUACGAGGAGACUCCAUUGCCAUGGCUAGGAUGAUCGUGUCGGAUCGUAUUACUCAUGUUCAGGCUACGCCCUCCGAGAUGGUCAGCUGGCUUCAUGAUGCUGACGCUAAUGCUCUUCGCUCAUCGAGUUGGAAGUUCGCAAUGAGCGGUGGAGAGAAGAUGAAUUCAGCGUUGAUUGGAGAGUUCAAGGCUCUCGGUAAGAGCGACCUGGCUCUCGUCAAUGCCUACGGACCUGCUGAAACUACCCUGGCCGUUGGGAGUGCAGAAAUCGAUAUUCUGGAUCCUGGGGCUCUCGACACGGCUUUCCGUCUCUUCCCGAACUACUCUGUGUACAUCCUUGACUCGAAGAAGCAGCCAGUUCCUUUGGGUAUUUCAGGUGAAGUCUAUAUUGGUGGUGCUGGUGUGGCAACAGGGUACCUGAACAACGACAACCUUACGAAAGAGCGCUUCUUGCCUGAUGACUUUGCACCCGAGCGAUACCUCCAGAAUGACUGGACAAUCAUGCAUCGCAGUGGCGACCGUGGCAGACUUACCGCAGACGGUCUGGUUCUUGAAGGUCGCGUAGAUGGUGAUACACAGAUCAAAUUGAGGGGCAUUCGCAUUGAUCUCCAAGACAUUGAGUCAACAAUUGUCCAGCACUCAAAAGGAGCGGUGCGCGAUGCUGUCGUUUCACUCCGAAAAUCUGGCGAGACCCAAAUUCUCGCCGCCCACAUCGUCCUUUCGGCGGCUUUCUCGGGCAAUGCAAAGACCAUCCUGGACAGCAUUCAGACGUCUUUGCCUCUACCGCAGUACAUGCGCCCAGCAACAACAUUAGUCGUUAAGACUCUGCCUACAAAUUAUUCUGGCAAGCUUGAUCGGAAAGCUGUCAGUGAGCUGCCACUUCGUCCAGUCUCCAAAACAAGUGUGCCAGUAACAAAGGAAAAUAAAUCGCCUGAGUCAGAGCUGAGGACUAUCUGGAAGCAGGUACUGGGUGACGACAUUACCUCAUCGCACGAAAUUGACUAUGAAACUGAUUUCUUCCACGUCGGUGGAAAUUCGCUAGCCCUGGUCCGGGUCCAAGGAAUGCUCAAAGCUGCCUUCAACGUUGAACCUCCUGUCGCCCAGCUUUUCGAUAAUUCUACAUUGGGUGCAAUGCUCAAUUUGAUCAGCCCGGCGAGCCAGACAAUGUCAACCGAGCAUUCAUCAUUGUUACCGAAUGUUGUCGAGUAUAGUCCACAAGCUGCGGCCUCCUCUGGCACGAUCGACUGGGAAAAGGAAACCGCAUUGACCGACGACCUGUACGAUGCAGAGAUCAACCCAACUCCCAGAGACCAGGGGCUUGCUUUCAAGACUGUUGCGAUCACGGGAGCCAGUGGAUUCCUGGGUAAAGAGAUCCUGAAGCGCAUGGUCGACGAUGUGCACAUUGAUAAGAUUCAUGCCAUUGCGAUUCGCCGGCAUAUAUCAGACCUACCUGCCAUAUUUUCAAAUGCCAAGGUUCAAGUACAUCGUGGCGAUCUCAACGCCCCACGUCUGGGUCUGUCCGAGACUAGGGCAAAGGAAAUCUUCGAUGAGACCGAUACAGUAAUCCACAACGGAGCUGACGUGUCCUUCCUGAAGACCUACAAAACCUUAUCCAAGACCAACGUCGGAAGUACGCGCGAGCUCGUCAAGCUCUGUCUUCCAAGUCGCAUACCCAUACACUUCAUCUCUUCGGCCAGCGUCGCCCAUCUCUCAGGUAGAGCGUCCUUUGGCGAAGAAUCAGUUUCAGAAUACGAACCCCCACAGGAUGGUUCUGAUGGAUACACAGCUACAAAGUGGGCAAGCGAACGUUUCUUGGAGCUUGUCAGUGAGAAGUUUUCCAUUCCGGUAUGGAUCCAUCGUCCGAGCAGUAUCACAGGCGCCGAAGCUCCUGCGCUAGAUCUCAUGACAAACUUGCUCCAGUUCUCCAAGACAAUGUCCAAGGUUCCUUAUUCGCCAACCUGGAGUGGUACGCUUGACUUCGUUUCUGUUGAGAGUGUUGCACACGACAUUGUCGAAGAGGUCAAGAAUGAUAGUGCGCAUUCGAGUGGCAUGGUGCGAUUCAUGUACGAGAGUGGCGAUUUGGAGAUUGCAGUGCAAGACAUGCAAGGUUCUCUAGCAAAGCAGACAGGUGAAGAGUUCGAUAAGGUGGAUGUAGAGACAUGGACGCGUGAAGCUGUCUCUGAGGGUCUGGAUGAGCUUGUUGCAGCGUAUCUAAGCACUGCAGCGAACCUCCCAAUCAUGUUCCCAAGGCUGAUCAGAGAUAAUAAGAGGAGGCGGAUUGAGCAAAAGGUUCAGGAGCAGCCAAGCCGAGGGUCUUCUUUGAGGGAAGUAGUUGGCAGGUGGCUUUGGUCAAGACAGUAG